AUGGCUUCUUCCUCUGCCGCUUCUUCACAUGGUUGGCUUCUGCUGCCAUGGCUUAAAACUUUCCUAAUUCUCUCUGCACUCUUAUGUGCAACCAUAGUCUCUUGCACUGGAACUGAAGUCUCUUAUUCUGAUCACUGUGCUUCUAUUGUCUCUGAGUCAACCCCAAAAGAUCUUGAAUUCUCCACCUUGCCAUUUCCAACCUUCCAAUAUGGUUACUAUGAGGGUGGGCAUAAAAUCUUAGAUCCAAACCCAUCUCAGUACUCAUCAACUGAGAGGAAAACGAUGUUGUUUCAGACUGAAAAUGUCUAUGGCACUGAUGAUUCAGAUGUUUUCAAGGUCGAUGGGAGCUUGAUUUUACAUAGCUGGCACCUAAAUGUUAGGGAUCAGGAUAUGACAUAUGCUCAAUCAGUCUUCAGAAGUGUGGGGUUUGGGGAGGGGGCUUUGAGUUUCAAUUUAAAAGGAUUCUGGUCAAUAUCUUCCGGGAAGCUGUGCAUGGUGGGAAAGAGUUCCAGUCUCUCCUCAGAAGGUAAUGUUCUUCAUCAUUCUGCUGUCCUGAAGCUUAAUGGUGUAAGGACUUCAAGUGAUAUUACCAGUCUGGUUAGUGGAACUCUGCAGAGCUUGAGUUCUGCUGAUGAUUUGAAUUACUUUGAGCCGAUUUCCCUGUUGAUGUUUCCUGAAGUGAAUUACAAGUACACCAAGGCUUCAAAAGAAUCAAUCGAAAAUGAUUUUUCUGGUGAGAUUAAUGUUGCAGCAGAGAACUCAUCACUCAGUUUACAGAUGAGUAAAACUGUCUGCUCAAUCUUUGGGGGAAGAGACACCGGAUAUGAAUUAGAUUAUGAAAGUGAUUGCAAUUCUACAAAGACUUGCAAUCCUUUUGGUGAUGUUGUUGGAUAUUUGCCACGAGUGAUGUCCUUGAAUAAGUUUCAGUGUUCAGCGGAUGAACAAAGUUUAAGGUUUUUGGUGGAAUUUCCAAACACUAGCUGUUCCAGGUAUUACUAUUCCAACCCUUUCAAUCCAAACACAACGUUUGUUGGAGAAGGAACAUGGGAUUGGAAGAAGAAGCGCCUAUGUAUUGUUGCUUGCAGAAUCUUGAGCAACAAUGGUGCUUUGGAUGGCUCUCGUGUAGAGGAUUGUUCCAUAAGGUUGACGUUGAGAUUUCCUGCAAUCUGGUCAAUCAGAAACAGAACGGCCAUGUCAGGCCAAAUUUGGAGUCAGAAAUCUGCAAAUGGUGGCAGUUACUUCGACAGAAUUGUUUUCCGAAGUACUGAAAAUGACAGGUUCUGGCUUCCAGGGCUGAAGUAUAUGUAUACAGCAACUGAGAAAGCGAGAAAGAUGUCAUGCUUGAAGAAGGCACCCGUUAGAGAUGGUGGGGGAAAAUACCCAGAUGGGUACUCUUAUGAAAUGAGCUUUGAUAUGUCAGUCAGUAGCUCUAGACAGAAAAUUGGGUGGGGUUUUUCACUUCAGGUCUCUGUUGGUGAUCAAAUUAUUCAGUCACCCGAUUAUUACUCCAGGCCAAUCUCAAGCUCUAAGCAUAUGAGUUCGGGUGUUGAAGAGAAUACCAAUAUUAGUGCACCAGUUAACAUCAGCUACAAAAUAAGCCUCUCACCACAUUGUUAUGUGCAAUUGGAUAGUGUCAAAAAUCUAUUCAAUACGUCCUUGAGUGAGAAAUACGGGCGAGUUGAAAUAUUUGUUGAAGGGAUUUAUGAUCCUGAGACUGGGUGCCUUCGCAUGGUUGGCUGCAGAUAUCUUUCCUUGAGCAGUCAGAAGCUGACAAACGAUUCAAUGGACUGUGAGGUUCUUGUCAAUCUUCAGUUUCCUGCACUAAAUGCAAAGAAAAAUGGGGUCUAUAUUAGGGGAACCAUCACAAGUGCUCGCAAAGAUUCUGAUCCUCUUUACUUUGAGCCUCUUCAUGUCACUUCAACUGCUUCUUACACCAUCUGUGAAAGAAAAUCAGCAUGGCGGAUGGAUUUGGAGAUCAUCAUGGCUCUAGUCUCUGACACACUUGCCUGUGUUUUUAUAGUGUUCCAACUUCUGUAUGUGAAAAAGAACCCCACAGUUCUGCCUUUCAUUUCACUUCUCAUGCUCACAAUUUUUACUCUGGGUCACAUGAUAGUACUUAUGUUGAACUUUGAAGCCUUGUUCUUGAGAACCAGAAAUCACCAAAGUGUCUUCCUUGGAAGUGGAGGAUGGCUAGAAGUGCACGAAGUGAUUGUAAGAAUAGUCACAAUGGUGGCUUUUCUGUUAAAAUUUCGUCUUCUCCAGCUUUCAUGGUCCAAAAGAAUGGGUGAAAACAACCAUAAGGCCUUGUGGGCUGCAGAGAAGAAGGCAUUAUUUGUGUCUUUGCCUUUGUAUCUAGCUGGAGGUUUAAUAACUUUUUAUGCAAGCUGGAAGAACAACAAUGUUGGGUUUUCAACCCAAUUUUAUCAUCCUUAUUAUUCUCAGUUUGACAACAACCAGCAUUCUCUUUGGAGGGACUUGAGAUCUUAUGCUGGUUUCAUCCUGGAUGGUUUCCUUUUCCCACAAAUCCUCCUCAACAUGUUCUACAACUCAAGAGAAAAUGCACUUUCUUGCUUCUUUUACAUCGGAUUCACCUUGGUUCGCUUGGUGCCACAUGCAUAUGACCUUUAUAGGACUCACAACUAUGUCCAAAAUUUUGAUGGUUCAUACAUAUAUGCAGACCCUGCUGCAGAUUUUUACUCCACUGCUUGGGAUGUCACCAUCCCACUUGUUGGCAUCCUUUUUGCCGCAAUCAUAUACCUCCAGCAGAGAUUUGGCGGACGGUGUUUCCUUCCUUGCAGGUUCAGGGAGGUGGAAGUAGUUUAUGAGAAGGUACCCGAAGCUAGUGAAGAAUAG